AUGAGUGUCCCUCGCGACCCCUCUCCGUCGUUGGUGCCAUCUGAUUUGAAUGUUCCUACUCCGCCUGUUCAGCAGUUUGGCCCACCUGGCCCGUUGGUGUCUGAUGCGGCAGCCUCGCUUCCUAUGCACGUCGUCACUGCGGAGGUUCAUCGGGAUUCAACUGUUACUGACAUGAAGUCGGGUACGCCUGUGGCAGCUGCUCCGCCGUGUGUAGGUCGGAGUGGCGAUCCUGCAGGUCCUCCGUGUGAUGUUGCUCCCUCGUCUGGUGGCCGUGCAUCCGACGUGGUUGCUGCUGCUCCGGUGGCGCUGCGUUCCUCUCGUGGCUCUAGAGGGCCUUCCCUAGUCGCGGCGUCGGAUCAGACCCGUCGUAAGCAGGAGGCACAGACGCAUUCCUCGGACACAGGUCCUCCCGUCAAGCGAGGGGGGUCUACGGCUGGGGCUGCUGUGGCGUGUGCCCCUCCUCCUCCUCCUCCUCCCUCUGGUGGCCUGCUGGGGUCUGUUGCUCCUGGGGCUCCCUCUGGGGGCAAUGAAGCCCCGAAGGCGAUUGAGGAUGCACAGUGGGUGGUGUCCACUAAUGUGGAAGGUAUUGGACGGGAUGUGCUGACUAUUAAGUUUACGAAGUCCACGAAGAGUGUGGGCGCCGACGUUCCUGUGGCCCCCUCCGCUGCCGGGUUGCCAGAUGAUGUGCCUCCUGUUCCUGUUGCCUUCCCUAUGGGGGGCUCUGGUGCGCCUUUGUUGGGGACUGUGGGGUUGGUGGGGUCCUGA